AUAAACCCCAAUUAAAACUAACAAUUUGCUGCAGGUGCGUGUUUUUAAGCCUUUAAUCGUGUAUUUGAGAAACUCCGGUGAGUUGUGGCACAACACAAAGGCGCUUAAAACCAUCAUGGACUUCGCCAGCGUGCUUGCUAAAAGCGAGGCGCAUCAACGCACCAUAAUCCACCUGGACAUGGACUAUUUCUACGCUCAGGUGGAGGAGAUUCGGGAUCCCACGUUGCGAUCUAAGGCUCUGGGAAUUCAGCAGAAGAACAUUGUGGUCACCUGCAACUAUGUGGCGCGGGCCAAAGGAGUGACCAAGCUGAUGCUCAUCGCGGAGGCGCAGCGAAUCUGUCCGGAUUUGGUUCUGGUCAAUGGAGAGGAUCUUGCCCCGUAUCGGCAGAUGUCGCAAAGAAUCUUCGACCUGCUACUCAACUACACUCCGCUGGUGGAGAAGCUUGGCUUCGAUGAGAACUUCAUGGAUGUGACAGCGCUGGUGGAGCUGCGACAGGCUCAUGCCGCUGAGGCCCAGCAGAAGCCGGCGGUGGGUCACACCUACCCGGCGGAUGGCACUCCCUUAUCCACCUGCGACUGUGGCUGUGCCCAGCGACUGGCGAUUGGCACGCGGAUCGCCCAGGAAAUCAGGGAGGAACUCAAGCUCCGCCUGGGCAUUACCUGCUGCGCCGGCAUCGCCUUCAACAAACUGCUGGCCAAGCUGGUCGGCAGCAGCCACAAGCCUAAUCAGCAGACGGUUCUUGUUUCUACCUACGCAGAGCAGUUUAUGCGGGAAUUGGGCGACCUGAAGCGCGUCACUGGGAUUGGUCAGAAGACUCAGUGCCUCCUGCUGGAGACAGGCAUGUCAUCCGUGGAACAACUACAGCAAUGUGACAUGGACGUGAUGCGCAAGAAGUUCGGCUUCGAAACGGCCACUAGACUGCGGGACUUGGCCUUUGGUCGCGACACGAGCUCUGUCCGUCCUACCGGAAAACCCAAGACCAUUGGCAUGGAGGACGCCUGCAAGCCCAUUUCGGUGCGAACCGAUGUGGAGGAGAGAUUUCGCAUGCUUCUCAAGCGUUUAGUGGAGCAGGUGGCUGAGGAUGGUCGCAUUCCCAUAGCCAUUAAGGUGGUGCUGCGAAAGUUCGAUUCUCAGAAGAAGAGCAGUCAUCGUGAGACCAAACAGGCCAACAUCCUACCCUCCCUAUUUAAGACCUCCGUGUGUCCAGGAGAAACCGGCGUGAGCAGGGUUCAACUGGCGGACGGAGCUCAGGACAAACUUCUCAAGAUUGUGAUGCGCCUUUUUGAGCGUAUUGUGGACAUGAGUAAACCAUUCAACAUCACACUAUUGGGUCUGGCCUUUUCCAAGUUCCAGGAGCGCAAGGUUGGCUCCUCGUCCAUUGCCAAUUUCCUGAUCAAGAAGGCGGAUCUCGAGGUGCAAUCGAUCACAUCCCUGACAAAUACGAGUCUCACGAGUCCCACUGCGGAGAGUCCGACAUCAGAUGAAUGCGCCUUCCGCUCCUCACCAACAACAUUCAAGCCUAGCGAUCAGUUCUACAGGAGAAGAGCAACAACAGCGUCGCCGGUGCCCAUGCUGCUGGACAAUGGUUCCGAAUCUGCGGCCACGAACUCCGACUUCAGCGACUUCUCUGAGACUGAGGUGGAACCGUCUCCGAAAAAGAGCCGCAUCGGAAGGCUGUUGGUGUCCAAGCGAAGCCGUUUGGCGGCGGAUGUAGGGGAUACCGCUGCCGAGGUGGCCUCACCUAGCAAACUGCGCGUCUGUGAUCUUCGUCUGAAUUCACGGGACAGCGAGAAGGACUUUCCCAUGAGCACCACGCCCUCUACUUCUACGUCCGCGCCGGCUCCUCGCUUUCGCACCGUCCAGCCACCGAAUACACUGUUGCAGCGCAUCGACGGCAGCCUCCGCUUCGUGUCCACGCGCACUGCCAGUCGCCUGAGCUCAAACGCCAGCUCCACGGCAUCGUCGCCACUUCCGUCGCCCAUGGACGACUCCAUGGCAAUGAGCGCACCCAGCACGCCGACCAUGUCGUUCCCAUCACCCAUCGCCGCAGCAGUGGUCACCACCACAUCCAGCACGUCCUCGAGCGAUGUCCUCUCGAAUAUCGCUUGUCCAGCGGGCGUGGAUGCAGAGGUGUUCAAGGAGCUGCCCGUUGAGCUGCAAACUGAAUUGAUCGCAUCGUGGCGCAGUUCCCUCGUGGCGGCUGUGGAGCAAAGCAAUGGGACAGGAGCCGCCACAACCACAGCGAUAGCAAGUGGAGCCCCAGCCACUGCCACAACCGCUAGCGGAGGUCAGAAGAAUACGCUGUAUCGCUACUUUCUGCGGAACAAGUGAUGCAGUGCAUCCAAGCAUCACAUCGUUUCUAGUUGUAAGGACAAAGUGAAUAAAUCCGUUUAUAAAUAUGA